GGUGGGGGGCUUCCUGGCGGCUUCUCGGAUGCGGCGGAAGCAGAAGCGGCUGCUUCAGGCGGUGGGGCUGGCGCUGGCCGCCCUCGUCUUCCUUCCCAACGUGGGGCUCUGGUCGCUUUACCGGGAGCGGCAGCUGGAUGGCGGCAGCGGCGGAGAUGGCAGAGAAGCGGCAGGCGGCGGAGGCGCGGGGGGAGCCCGCGGGGCGGCGGCAGGAGCGGCAGCUGGGGCGGUACCGGCGGCAGCGGCGGCAGCAGCCCGAGGAGAAGCGCAGGGUUUCCAUACAAGACAGAAGAAAGAAGCUUAUCUUGAAAACAGACAAAGGAAAAAGGACUGGCAUGACAGAGAUGCUAUAAAGAAAGACUUGCAACGUACAGGAAAUGGAGAACAGGGAAAACCAUAUCCUAUGACAGAUACUGAGCAAGUGGACCAGGCAUACAGAGAAAAUGGCUUUAAUAUUUUUGUGAGCGACAAAGUUUCUCUCAAUCGAUCCCUACCAGAUAUACGACACCCAAACUGCAAUAGCAAGCUGUACCUGGAAAACCUCCCCAAUACCAGUGUAAUAAUCCCAUUCCAUAACGAAGGGUGGUCAUCACUUCUCAGAACAGUGCACAGUGUUCUCAAUCGCUCUCCUCCUGAACUCAUAGCUGAAAUUGUACUGGUGGAUGAUUUCAGUGACAGAGAACACUUAAAAAAGCGUUUGGAGGACUAUAUGGCCCAGUUUCCCAAAGUGAGGAUUCUGCGAACUAAGAAGAGAGAAGGGUUGAUAAGAACUCGUAUGCUGGGAGCUUCUGUUGCUAUAGGAGAUGUUAUUACUUUUUUGGACUCUCACUGUGAGGCCAAUGUGAACUGGUUGCCACCCCUUUUAGACCGCAUUGCUCGAAAUCGCAAAACUAUUGUUUGUCCAAUGAUUGAUGUAAUUGACCAUGACCACUUUGGCUAUGAAACACAAGCUGGAGAUGCAAUGCGAGGUGCAUUUGACUGGGAGAUGUAUUACAAGCGGAUACCCAUUCCUCCUGAAUUACAGAAACCUGACCCGAGUGACCCUUUUGAGUCUCCCGUAAUGGCUGGAGGACUGUUUGCAGUCGAUAGAAAGUGGUUCUGGGAGCUGGGAGGAUAUGAUGCAGGCCUGGAAAUAUGGGGUGGAGAACAGUAUGAAAUAUCAUUUAAGGUAUGGAUGUGUGGGGGUCGUAUGGAAGAUAUUCCUUGUUCCCGUGUUGGUCAUAUCUACAGAAAAUAUGUUCCUUACAAGGUUCCUUCAGGAGUCAGCUUGGCAAGAAACCUGAAGCGUGUUGCUGAGGUGUGGAUGGAUGAAUAUGCAGAGUACAUUUACCAGAGGAGACCUGAAUAUCGGCAUCUGUCUGCAGGAGAUGUGACUGCUCAGAAAGAACUUCGCAGUAAUCUCAACUGCAAAAGCUUCAAAUGGUUUAUGAGUGAAGUUGCUUGGGACUUGCAAAAGUUCUAUCCACCAGUGGAGCCUCCAGCAGCUGCCUGGGGAGAGGUCCGUAAUGUAGGAACUGGCCUCUGUGCAGACACCAAACAUGGAGCCCUUGGUUCCCCACUACGGGUUGAAGCCUGUGUGAAAGGCAGAGGAGAAGCUGCCUGGAACAGUGUGCAGGUGUUCACAUUUAGCUGGCGAGAGGACAUCCGUCCAGGAGACCCCCAGCACACAAAGAAAUUCUGUUUUGAUGCUGUUUCCCACAACAGCCCAGUGACUCUCUAUGACUGUCAUGGAAUGAAGGGGAACCAGCUAUGGAAAUACAGGAAAGACAAGACUCUUUACCACCCAGUAAGUGGCAGCUGUAUGGACUGUAGUGAGAGUGACCGAAAAAUCUUCAUGAGCACGUGCAAUCCUUCCUCUCCAACACAGCAGUGGAUAUUUGAACACACAAAUUCAACAGUCUUGGAAAACUUUAACAAGAAUCUUGACCUUUAAAGACUAUAUCUAUAUGUAUAUAUUACAGCUAUAAUUUUUACAGGGGAGAUGACAAAUUUUUUAAAAGAAUAAUUUUUUAAAACAAUAAAAGGGAAAAUCUCAGGAGAGGGUGUGACUAUCAGGCCAGUCUUUACUUUGAUGAUGCUGCAUCCCAUUAACAAGAUAUCUAGAAAUCUAUAUUGCUAUAAUUACAUCACAGAUUGAAACCUAGUUCUCUAAUGCAGGACCGCAUCCUUUCAUAAUCUUCUAGUUUUUCAGCUAUUAAGGUCACAUCUAAGCCAGCGUAUUUUUCAUAAGGUUAAUGUGCAACUGUCAUGAAUUCUGCACCACAUUGUCUCAAAGCCAAACCCAUAGAUCCAUACAGCAGCCAAGGAUAAGUGUUAUGAUAAUGCAUAUCUCCAGUCUAGAUGGUUUAAGAGCGGUAUUAGCACUGGCUUUUUACACUGACCCUUAGUUUUGGUGGCAUGAAGUUGUUCAUUGCACCAGAGCUCCUGAAUAGAGCCGAUCCCUACCAAGAGAGAGGUUUGCCGUUGGUGGACUACAAACCCCAUGGGGAUUAGCUGCAUAAGGAACUUCCAAUUGCAGCCAAUCCCUGUCAAAAGCUGAAUGCAAACCCCUUUCAUUAGGCAUCUUCCUUUGCAGCCUGGCAAUGUUAGGUUAUUAGCAGGUAGGUGGCCCGACCCAACAGUCAAAGUAGUCUACCUGGGAGGGAAGGGGAACUCAGGAUCCCACCCACCAGACAGAUCCUCUGCCAGACCCCUGAGUUAGGCAAAUCAGCUGAGUCAUGGAUAAUUUACUUGUUCAUGGACAUAUGACUUUAACUCAAAAGACUCAGUUAUACAAACAGAACUAGGGCUAAAAUUCUAAGAUCACUCCAUGAAAUUUAAUUCCCCAGUAACAUGGGUGAGACCUUCUUCCAAAUCAGUAUGUUUUAAGAUUGCAGUGAAAUUCUUACUUAGUGACCUACCUGUUAAACCAAUUUAUAACAUCCAGCCACACCUGGGACUGCAUGCAGAACAUUAUCCUACAAUAAAAUGACAACUGCAGUGCUCUACAAAAGUAAAGGAUUCAUACAGUGCAGCAUCUUUCACACUUUAGGCCUCCCUGUAUCUCAUUCCAAAUGACUUAAAUGAUCAUCUUUAAAAUCUUCAUUGAAAAUAACUGUUUUUCAUAUUCACGAAUUUGAAUUUACAAACUCCCCAGUUCUGUGUUAGCUGCAGUUUUACCCAGCAUAUCCCAUUGUCCAAUAUUUUUAGGUUAGUGAAUUGGGCAAAUGGAUCACUAGCCAAAACCAAACUGAUUGCCUUUUUCCCAGUUUGAUGUUAAUUCCUUAUUUCUCAUUGAUGACUUUCCCCCUCCACCUGCAUAUUUUAGGUAUUUAAAGUUGCAGACUUCUGUCCCCUUGAGAAUAAAUCAACCUCAAUGGGGCUUCCUUCUCAGGAGACGUGUUGGGAUAAUAUUUUACAGCACAAUUCUGUUGGCUUCAGUUAGACUUUGAUAUCAUUAGUUUUUCUUGACGUAGUUAAACCUGCAUUUUUGUUCAACUCAGGCUAAGAUCUGUUUUUAAAUUUCACUAGUGAUAGAUGCUUUCCCGUGGCGAUUUUUGGAGGAUUGCUUUUAAUGCCUUCCCAUGUGUUAGCAGGUGCUAAUUUGCCUCUUCCAGUUCUACCUCACUAGUCUGUCACUGGUUAUCAAAACAAUGUCUCAUGGUACACUCAGAAGAUCAAUUCAUACUUAGAUUUAUUUAUUUUGUUCAGUUAAGGGAAAUAAUCCACAAGCAGGGAUUUCCUGUUAAGGACACCCAUAUGAAAGAAAAAAGCUGUUCUGGGUGUGAAGGCUUCCUUGUGCAUAUAUAGACUGCUGAUCAUGACCUCUUUCCUUUAUUUCUUCCAACUCUAAUUUCUUUUCCCUCAAUUCUGAUCCCAUGCUAGCUGAAUUUUCUGCUCCUACUUUGUUCGUCAUCCUUACGUUUUUCAUCAAAAGUAAUAUGUGUCAAAGAAUUUAGCAAGCUAGUACACCUUCAAUUAAGAACUAGUGCUGUUUGCAGUGGGCUACUAACCAGAUGGCAAAGUAACUGGAAUUUAAAAAUCUAAAAGGCCAUUAAUUCAUAUUUCAUAUUCCCCAUUUAGCUGCAGAAUCACAUACCCUUCUACUUACUUCCCAUGAUAUUUUUGUUCCCUGCAUUGUUUUCUCUGCAAUAAGCAGAGAAAUGCUUAGUGCAGUGGGCCUAGAGCAGGCAUCCCCAAACUUUGGCCCUCCAGAUGUUUUGGACUACAAUUCCCAUCUUCCCCAACCACUGGUCCUGUUAGCUAGGGAUCAUGGGAGUUGUAGGCCAAAACAUCUGGAGGGCCGCAGUUUGGGGAUGCCUGGCCUAGAGAUAUGGCUAAAAGUGAAGGCCAUUGUCUACGCAGGGUGAAAAUGUAAUUAAGCUGAAUAGUCAAUACAUAGGUUGAGUUUGAAAUAGUGUAAUGUUUUAGUGUUCAUGCAGUAGUAAUCUUUACAACAGUCCUGCAAAGUGGACCAGUAUUCGUGCAAGGCUGUCUAACAAGUUCAUGACUGAGGUGAGACUUUAAUUUAGGGAGUUUUUAUCUUGCAAUCUCAGACACUUUACUAUGUUGCUCCAGGAAAAUUUAUGUGAUUGUUACUAACCUGCUGAAACCAAACACAAAAAGCCAGAUGUUACAAUAUUCUUAAGAGCUUCCUCUCUGCAGCAAUAUAAAUAUUUGUCAAGUUACAAAAUAUCUUAAACAUAUAAUUUAACUCUGGCUGAGUGGCUAUCUCUGCACAUAAGUAAUGCAUUCGACCCUGGAAGGCCAAGGCAAUGGUUUGAAAGCAUUGUUAGCAGGCCACCUGCUGGUUGAGAAAUGAAAAUGCAUUUUACUACUUUUAUCUGUAAUUAAUCUGCUUUACAGUGGUACCUCAGUUUAUGAACACAAUUGGUUCCGGAAGUCUGUUCAUAAACUGAAGCGUUCAUAAACUGAAGCGAACUUUCCCAUUGAAAGCAAUAGAAAGUGAAUUAAUCCGUUCCAGAUGGGUCCGCGGCGUUCGUAAACUGAAAAUUCGUAAACCGAGUUUCCACUGUAUUUAUAUUCAUAAUAUCUACAGCAUGAGUCAGAUUUCAAUGCAUGAAAUCUUAACAAAACUGAAAAUACUUUGCUCUUGAAUAUUUUAGGAUGUGGAGCUAAGAUUCUUGGUCACACUUCAGUCACUUGACCUCAACUUCCUUGUGCUAAGCAAAAAAAAAAGUUCAGUUGUGGACACUGAGGCUUUUAGAGGAAAGCAGUGUGCACAGUAUUAACAUGCACAUUGCCUUCCGUGUUUUGUUCAUACUUUUGAUUUCAGCAUAAUUGCUGCUUGAGAAGCACCUCCACAGGAUGGAUCAAUGAGAGUGUAGUGGGGGGGGGGUGACGGUGGGUAGGUUGAGCAAGCAGUUAGUGUGAAGUGGCUCCCUACGUGGUUGUAGUGAUUUCAGCAUGGCAUCUCAAUUCAAAAAUCUGAAUGUUUUCAAUGGUUUGGUUGAAAUGUGUGGAUUGAAAUGUGUCUGCUGCUAGCAGUGAUAUUAUCUGAAUCCUUCAAAGCCAUCUAAAUUUCUUGGCUGCAGGAAAUAACCCCAUCUGGUUUAGAAACUUCUUGCAUUCAAACAUACACCUUUUGUGGUCUUUAUUAAUGUUAUCAAAAUCAAAUUUAACAGCAUCAUUAAAAUAAAGAAGUGCCUUUUUAAAUGCAAAUGUUCAGCAAGUACCUAAACUUGAACAAUUUCCUAGUGCCUUGGACUGGAGUGGGAUGUGGGACGUAAAAGAGUACCGUACAAUGUGCAAUCAGUGAUGUUUUAGGAAGAUUUUUAUGUUUAAAUAUCCAAUUUCAAGUUCAUAUUGUAGAAUGGAAAGUUUAUGGUCUUGGUUUAGAAAACCAGUUGCUAAGUUUCAUUACUCAAAACAAAAAUGGUGUAAAGGACAUGAACGAGCAUCCCUAUAUACCCAUGAUGGCUAAUUCUGACAGUUUCGUAAGUGGCUCCUGAUCCCAAAUGUUGGCAUACAAGCAUACAAGGUUCACCAUGCAGUGUCUUCCACCAAUAGUCUGCAACACAUACCAAAAUAAAUCAACAGGGUAGCUUCCAUAAAAUGUAUGGGUCACUCAUUAGAAAUAUUUGUCAAUAUCUAGUCCAGGCUUCCUCAACCUCGGCCCUACAGAUGUUUUGAGACUACAAUUUCCAUCAUCCCUGACCACUGAUCCUGCUAGCUAGGAAUCCUGGGAGUUGUAGGCCAAAAACAUCUGGAGGGCCGAGGUUGAGGAAGCCUGAUCUAGUCAGUAUCAUAACAGAGAAGCAGUAAAGCAACUUGUUUCCACCCUUAAAUACCUUUUUCACAAUGGUAUCUGUUUCACUCAACUGAGCAAACACCUAAAAGCGUUUGACCCAAAAGCCUCUAUACAGCAUAUCCCAAGCAGUUGAAAGGUUAGCUAUCAGGACAAUGUGUGAGUACAGUGUUCCUGUAGGCCAUAGUGGUGUGACACAAGUGGCUUUAUCAUUACAAGGAUUAGUGGGCUAUAUAAAAAUACAUAUUUUCACCAUCAAACAGCCUCGGUCCUGUAUACCUGAAGGAGUGUCUCCACCCCCAUCGUCCAGCCCAAACCCUGAGGUCCAGCACCGAGUGCCUUCUGGCAAUUCCCUUACAGGGAAAUAGGCAGAGGGCCUUCUUGGUAGUGGUGCCUGCCCUGUGGAACGCCCUCCCAGCAGAUGUCAAGGCAAUAAGCAACUACUGUAUAUUCCUGCGUAUAAGACUACUUUUUAACCCAGGAAAAUCUCAAAAGUCGGGGUCGUCUUAUACGCCGGGUCGUAUUUCUUAUACGGCGAGUUUAUCCCAAAACACUAUAUUUUAGCUGGAAAAGUUGGGGGUCGUCUUAUACGCCCAGUCGUCUUAUAUGCCAGAAUAUACGGUAUUUUACUUUUAAAAGACAACUGAAGGCGGCCCUGUUUAGGGAAGUUUUUAAUGUUUGAUGCUAUAUUGUUUUUGAUAUUCGGUUGGAAGCCGCCCAGAGUAGCUGGGGAAACCCAGCCAGAUGGGUGGGGUAUAAAUAAUAAAUUAUUACUAUUAUUAUCAAAACAAUACUGCUAUUUGAUUAGGUUUUUGCUCUGAAGCUGUGAUGUAAAAAAAAAAAAGAUCAUAUCUGAAAAGAACAGAAGACUUACAGUAGUUUGCUUUAUGUUUCAUAGAAAUACUCACAAUACUAACAUGGAUAUAACCACCCCUGGUUUAAGACAGUCUAAACUAGUGUAAGCAGUCUGAUUAGCUUCUUAAUAUACUGUAAUAUCAAAACUAGCUGAAUUCCUACCAAUUUCAACAGGACUUGCUGCUUAGCAUGUACAGAAAUGCUCAAAGGCCUUGCUGCAGAGUCCUUCUGGGCGCUCUAUCAAAUAUGAAGAAGAGUUCUAGAAGGUUCCUUAACUUGCUAUAAACAUUGAGGCAUUUUCCACCAAUUUUAUUUCAUUGGAAAGUGUUAGGAAGAUACUAACAGCAUAGAGAUGUCUUCUCAACUUUGUGAAUUUGCUUCUGUUUUGUGGGUAACCAUGUCCAAAAUUAGAUGUGAUGGCAGCAAACAAAUGGGGGAGUCUUAAGAACAAAAAGUGUACCUGUGAGAGCCUGUGGAAAGAGUUUGUGUGCAGAGAGAACGAGAAAGCGCUGAACCUUCCCCACACCUGCCACUCACCUUCCUGUGCCCCAUUCAUCACCGGUUCUUUGUUUCCCAGCCAGGCUCAUUUCUUAUAUCAGAGCCUAGAUGAGCAAAAAGUGACACGAGGGGGACAGCCCACAAGGAGAUGCUCUGAAGACAGGGUGAGUGGUUAGGGUUUAGAACUUCUUCCCAAAUAAACCUUUUAAAUUAUAUCUGAUACAAAUUGCUUUAUUUGUGAUGGGAGGUAGAGAAGUGGAGCUGCAAAUACUCACAUGUAGUUUGGAUUUAGAUUUUUCUAGGGUCUCAGUGUUAUAAACUCUAUAUGAUUUCUAAGAUGUCACAUGUAAUCAUAUAUGGAACAAGAUGACAAUUUAGAUAAAAAUUCAUUACCCAUUAAUAAAAGGCUUUUUGACCUGCAUUCUGUUCAGGACCAUCCUAAUGCUUCUGUAGUCACCCAGAGAUUUCCAGUUUCAAUUUGAUUAGGCUAGCACCAUGCAAGCACACUCCAUUGUUGCAAAUAGGUAGGAGCUUUUUAUCCCAAAUAAAAUUAUAUUAACUAAGUUAAUGACAUUGCAUUGUAUAAUCAAGCUAACUGGCUUAGGUUGCAUUCUUAACACCACUUACCUGGGAGUAAGCCCAUUGACUUCAGUAAGCCUUACUUCUGAGAAGAAAUUGUAAGGAUUAUGUUGGAAAACACCAUCUCUCUUCCAACAAUAGUAUCAAGUGGCCAACUAUGUUUUGAGAUAAUGCUAUAUACAGGGACUCUUUGUUUCAACAUUGUAAUGCAUGCUUAACAGAUUGUUUGAAAUUGGAUGUUGUAGCAUAAACCAGUGUAUUUAUUUUGUGCAUCUCAGGACACUGUCCUAUUGUGUUGGGGGAAGGUAAAGGAUGUCUAGCACUUUAAUUUAGAAUCUUUGAUAAAUUGGAAAUCAUUUGGGUGUAAGGUAUAGUGUUUCUAAGAGAUGAAUGGACUUUCUUUUAUAAUAUAUUUAAAAUAAAUUUGUAUUGUGUCUUUUUCUGAAGA